UUUAAGCAAACUUGGAUUCAUUGUUUUCGCUUGCUGCUCCAAAAAAAGUUAUACUCAAAAGUCCAUAUCUUUAGCUGCCUGCAGAGUCUAUUCUGCACUCUCUCUCUCUCUCUCUCUCUCUAAUAUCAAAAGCUAAGUGCAAAAAAUGCUUACCUUGAAUCUAGCCCAGUCCUCUCCAGUCACUUUCACUAAAUCCAACAAUCACAAGUACCCCAUAAAUGCUUCUUCUUUCAAAAAUCUUGAUAUUUUCAACAGAACUCAAAAACCAACUACUCUCUUUAACAAACCCAUCUCUCAAAUUGGUGCAUUAGCAACUAAAGUCUCUAACUUUGGCCGGAUUAAUGGCUAUCCGGUUGGCCUUUCUUCAAGAUUCACUGCUCAGAUUCAUGAUUCAAGCAGAUUCCAUGAGCACCCAUCUGGGUUUUGCUCAAAGUCCAGAUCUUUGGUCACAAGAGCAGCAGCAGCAGCUGAAUCUGACUCCACUCCAGAAGAAGAAGGCGGUGCUGUUACAAAGCCUCAGAAUAAAACGCUCAAGCUUGCACUUGUUUUUGGUUUCUGGUAUUUCCAAAACAUAGUGUUUAAUAUUUACAAUAAGAAAGCAUUGAACGUUUUUCCAUUUCCAUGGUUUCUUGCUUCUUUUCAGCUCUUUGUUGGAUCCAUUUGGAUGUUAAUCCUAUGGUCAUUGAAGCUGCAACAAUGUCCUAAGAUUUCAAAACCGUUUAUUAUCGCUCUCCUUGGACCUGCAUUAUUUCACACUAUAGGCCACAUAUCAGCUUGUGUUUCAUUCUCUAAAGUUGCCGUCUCUUUCACUCAUGUUAUUAAAUCGUCAGAGCCUGUCUUCUCUGUUGUAUUCUCUUCAAUUCUCGGUGAUACUUACCCUUUAAAGGUCUGGCUCUCUAUUCUUCCUAUUGUUCUUGGUUGUUCCCUUGCUGCUGUCACUGAAGUGUCUUUUAAUUUCCAAGGCUUAUGGGGUGCUUUGAUAAGCAAUGUUGGUUUUGUGUUUAGAAACAUCUACUCAAAAAAGAGUUUGCAGAGUUUCAAGGAAGUAAAUGGGCUUAACUUGUAUGGCUGGAUUAGUAUAAUCUCAUUAAUCUAUCUGCUCCCUGUUGCGGUUUUUGUUGAAGGGUCCCAAUGGAUUCAGGGAUACCAUAAGGCAAUUGAAGCUGUUGGUCGAUCAUCAACAUUUUAUAUAUGGGUGUUGCUAUCUGGUAUUUUUUAUCAUCUUUAUAACCAAUCAUCUUACCAGGCACUUGAUGACAUUAGCCCCUUAACCUUUUCGGUUGGUAACACAAUGAAGAGAGUGGUGGUGAUUGUGUCUACUGUCUUGGUGUUUAGGAAUCCGGUUAGGCCUUUGAAUGCAGUUGGAUCAGCCAUUGCGAUAUUGGGGACUUUCCUCUACUCUCAAGUAACUGCUAAGAAAGCCAGCAAAACUGAAGGAGAAAAGCAGAGUUAGAUAUAAACAUUUAUAACCAUAGGCUUGAUAAGUUUUGCAUUGCUACUUUGUUUACUUUGCUACAGUUGAGGAUAUGCAUUUCUAUCUUAAUUUUAUAAUCUUUGCUUCUCUUUU